CUCAAGUGCCACUCCCGGCACCCGCGCAGGCGCAGUGGCCGGCACGUCAGUCCCCAUGGGCGGCCUUCUCAGUUUGGACCCUUCGUCCCGACCAGCGCACAGUAAACCAUAUAUGUCUUCGUCGUCAGUAACAUCUUGGGCCACUUCUCGCGCUCGCGCAUCCUUCUAGUAGUUGCUGGUUAUCGCUGCUCGUUCGUUGCCGCUUCCCUGUCCUGACCACUUCCCGUCCCGCCCUUUGCCUCGGAUCUUGAUCGGUGCAGAACCCCAACGCCGACGACAACGCCGAUACCGUCACCGUCACCGACAUUGUGGGCGACAAUUCCCUACUCGUGACCCGAUUAUUCGACCAAACGCCUCGAAGAGAACUCUGAUCUGUGUGCCAACGCAUUGCUUCUUCAAUCUGAACACGGCAACAAUACAAUGGCUGCCCAGUCGAAAUCGGCCUCCAUCUCCCCCUGGGGCAAGGCAGUUGCUGGCGCUUCCGGUGCCGUGCUUGCCAAUGCUUUAGUCUACCCGCUUGACAUCGUCAAGACGCGCCUCCAGGUCCAAGUCAAGUCGCAACCCGGCGCAGUAGCGACUGACCCCUCCGAUCCCGUCGAACCCCAUUAUUCGUCUACCUGGGAUGCUCUGAGCAAGAUUGUUGCUGAGGAUGGUGCCAAGGGUCUUUACGCCGGCAUGAGUGGCUCUCUUCUUGGCGUCGCGUCUACCAACUUUGCAUACUUUUACUGGUACUCCGUUGUGCGCGCCCUCUACCUUCGUUCUGCCAAGACUUCGGCACCACCUUCGACACUCAUCGAGCUGAGUCUCGGCGCAACCGCUGGCGCUGUAGCCCAGCUCUGUACAAUUCCCGUCGCCGUCAUCACGACGAGGCAACAAACCCAGCGCAAGACCGAGAGGAAAGGCUUUGUCGACACUGCGCGGGAAGUCGUCCAUGGAGAGGAUGGGCCAUUCGGGCUCUGGAGGGGUCUCAAGGCUAGCUUGGUGCUCGUUGUGAAUCCUGCAAUCACUUACGGAGCUUACGAGAGGCUGAAGGAAGUCAUCUUUCCUGGCAAGAAUAACCUCAAGCCCUGGGAGGCAUUCCUUCUCGGUGCUAUCUCCAAGUCACUUGCAACGAUUGCCACACAGCCCCUGAUUGUAGCUAAGGUAGGUUUGCAGUCGAGGCCACCGCCUGAAAGGAAGGGCAAGCCUUUCGGCAGCUUCAUCGAAGUCAUGAACUUCAUUUUGGAGCGAGAGGGCGUUUCUGGUCUAUUCAAGGGCAUGGGACCACAGAUUCUCAAGGGUCUUCUUGUCCAGGGCAUCCUCAUGAUGACAAAGGAGCGCAUGGAGUUAUUGUUUGUCCUCUUCUUCCGCUACCUCAGGACGCUGAGGUCGAAGCGGCUGCAGGCUUUUGCACGGAGCCCCGAUGUCAUUCGUAGCGCGUCUGCCAUCAAACCUCUUUGAGAGAAGAGCGGCAAAGUGCGUACAUUUGACUAAACAACGUCGUCAAGAAGCCAAGGGCGGUGAACCUUUCGACAUCGUGUAUAGCGAAGUGGGAUAAUCCCUGAUAGGGCGUAGACCGAGUCGCGGGCAAAGAUGUGGACUUAUCUGUAUCGUAACAAGGGUAGAACACGAGAGCACUGCAUGGGCACUACAUGAGGUUGGCGCAAGAGAGAUGGCAAUCGACAAUCUGAGAGAGCUAGGAUAGAGUAAACAAUACUUCAGUUCAUCAUAUUUGAUCUUACAAGGAUGUCUUGGAAGUACAUACCUUAGAGUCAAGAAAGUCUUGGGAAUUAUCGUAUUGUGCGAAUCAGAAACAACUUGCAAUACCUAUCUAUGCUUGACUUUCCGUGAUGGCAACCCGAAAGAGAAAUGUAACAUUCCAACAGAUGGAAGGUAAGUAGCUGUCUGGGUUAGGUGAGCCCUUCUUGCAGUCU